UGCCUAAACCCACUCGGUAGGCCACUUCAAAGCUCCAAGUAAAAACACCAUACGUUUCAAUGGAGGUUAUCUCGCGCCUCACCUUUGCUUCCGUUUCUUAUCCCUUCAUUUCUUCCAACCUUAAUCCAACACCCAUGCUCAAUUCUUUCAAUUUCAGGGUGCUUUCCUGGAACAGUGCCCCCACAAAUGUUGCAGAAGCUCAUCUCCACCGCCUUUUACUGAGGAAAUUGAAUCCUGCUAAUGAUCGGGUUGUUGGGAUCUCUAACUUUGGUUGUUCAUGCCGGUUAGAUCUUUGGCCAAGUUGGAGACGUCAUAAGAGGUUAUUUUUCCAGAAUGGUGUAUCUACAAUAAGGUGGGAGGUCAAGAAGUGCAGUCCCAAAUUUUAUAAGAUAGUCAGCAACUAUGAAAAAUGCAAACGUCAUAUCUAUGUCCCCUUUGUUCGUUUGGUUGUUGGAGUUGUAUUGCUUAUGUCUGUUUCCGUAGCUUUAAACCAGGGCCCAUCUUGGUCCCUUUCUGAGGAGAAUCGAAUUUUCCUAGAAGCGUGGAGAACAAUAGAUCGUGCUUAUGUUGACAAAACUUUUAAUGGACAAAGUUGGUUUCGCUAUAGGGAGAAUGCACUGCGCAAUGAGCCGAUGAACAGCAGAGAAGAGACAUAUACCGCAAUAAGAAAGAUGGUUGCUACACUGAAUGAUCCAUUCACUCGUUUUCUGGAACCCGAAAAAUUAAAGAGUUUGCGGUCUGGAACUCAGAGUUCGCUUACGGGUGUAGGGAUAUCUAUUGGCCCCACCGCCGUUGACCAAUCAUCCACUGGAUUAGUUGUAAUCUCAGCUACUCCUGGGGCUCCUGCCAGUAGGGCCGGCAUCUUGCCUGGUGAUGUAAUAUUGGCAAUUGAUGAUGCAAGUACUGACAAAAUGGGCAUAUAUGAGGCAGCAAAUAUCUUACAGGGACCUGAUGGAAGUUCUGUUGAUUUGACUAUUUGCAGCAGGGAUGAGAUAAAACAUGUGGUGCUGAAGCGUGAGAGAAUAACUCUAAGCCCAGUAAAAUCCAGAUUAUGUGAGAUGCCUGGUUCAGCAAAGGAUGCUCCUCCAAAAGUUGGAUAUAUCAAGUUAACAUCGUUCACUGAGAAUGCUUCUGAUGCAGUAAAGGAAGCUAUAGAGACACUUAGAAGUAACAAUGUUAAUGCUUUUGUGCUGGACCUUCGAGAUAAUAGCGGUGGUCUCUUUCCAGAGGGAAUCGAGAUAGCCAAAAUUUGGUUGAACAAAGGAGUUAUUGUAUAUAUAUGUGAUAGUCGUGGUGUUCGUGAUAUAUAUGAUGUUGAAGGGAGCAGUGCUGUAGCUGGUUCAGAACCUCUUGUUGUUCUGGUGAACAAGGGAACUGCAAGUGCUAGUGAAAUAUUAGCUGGGGCAUUAAAGGACAACAAACGAGCAGUGGUAUUUGGAGAGCCCACAUAUGGAAAGGGCAAGAUACAGUCAGUUUUCGAGCUAUCUGAUGGAUCUGGCUUAGCAGUCACAGUUGCUCGCUAUGAGACUCCUGCUCACACAGAUAUUGACAAGGUGGGAAUCAAACCAGAUCAUCCUCUCCCAGCAUCUUUUCCAAAGGAUGAAAAUGAUUUCUGCACCUGCGUCCAAGAUCCAUCGUCUACUUGUUAUCUCAACGGCGUACAACUCUUUUCAAGAUGACUAUGGAAAUGAAUUUCUUCGGUGUUUUCCAUUUGCGUUGCAAAUUUUGGUUCUUUUAAAAUUACUAUUUUUUCAGGAUGCUAGCCAUCUCUGUUGUAAGUUUGUAACAUCAUUGGUUCCUUGUAUAUCUCUUCAUCAUCGUUCCAACAUCAUAGAUUCUUUGUAUAUCUCUUUAUCGUCGUUCGCGAAAUUCAGCAUGGAUUAUCUUUUAUCAAACAAUCUAACUUUGAGUAAAUCUCUUUUCAAUGUUA